AGCGGCACCAAAUUCUUUCUAUUUUAUUUUUAUAGUUUUUCUUAUGAAAAAAUAAAUAUUAAUUCUAUUGUUAAGCCAAUGUGUGUGUCAAUUUGCCUCAUCUUAGAAAUUUUUUCUUGUGUUUGAUUAAUAAUGAAAUAAAAAAUUGAUUCUUGUUAGAAAAGGGUUUCCUUUCUUUCUUCCUCUUCAUCUUCAUUCUUCAUCCACCUUUUCCUUGUGCAGCAGCAGAAAAUUCUGUAAUUAGAAGGAAUCUUGUAUGAGUGUUUCUUUUCUGGAGAAUCUGGUGGAAAGGAAAGGAUUAUUGCUCUGUAAGGAGCUUUGAAGAACUUAUCAUAGGAUAUUGGCAAUGGGCACACAACUUGCCGGAUUUUGUGUUGAAGACGAAAACAUGGAAAUGCCUUCAAUUCCCCCUGGUUUUGAGUCGCUGGCGCCCUUCACGCUGAAAAGAGCCGACUCUAAUCAAGUUAAUGAUUACUUGGGGACAGCUAAUGCUUCUGAAGAACAAAGUGUUCAUUUGGAAUCGGAUUACGGAUUAAGUGACAGCUUGCAAAAAAGUAAGCCUCUUAGGCGUAGGCCGUGGGUAAAGUACCAGUUUGAUAGCAGUUCAGGGGAUGAAUCUGACUCUGAGCAGAAUAUGUUUUCGAAGAAUCGGCUGCCAAAAGGUGUAGUUCGCGGGUGUGAAACUUGCAAGAACUGCCAAAAGGUAACUGCCAAAUGGCGCCCAAGGGAAGCUCGAAAGCCCAAUCUUGAGGAAGCUCCAGUCUUUUAUCCUUCUGAAGAGGAGUUUGAAGAUACAUUGAAAUACAUUUCGAGCAUUCGUUCAAAAGCAGAAUUAUAUGGAAUCUGCCGCAUAGUUCCGCCUCCUUCUUGGAAGCCGCCUUGUCCUCUGAAGGAACACGAUGCAUGGGAUAAAUCAAAAUUUACUACUCGCGUUCAACGAAUUGACAAGCUUCAAAAUCGUCAUUCCAUGAGGAAAAUACUGCAAAUCAAUACCGAGAAGAGGAGGAAAAAGAAGAGGUGCCUGAAAAACAGAGGCGAUCAUGGUAAUGGAGUUCAGGAAAUGAAAACUGCCGGAGGAGUUGAGCUUUAUGAGGCUGAUAAAUUCGGGUUUGAACCCGGCCCGGAUUUCACCUUAGAGAUGUUUCAGAAGUAUGCUGACGAUUUCAAGAACCAGUACUUCAGGAAAAAUGACAGUGACGAGGUGUGGAAGCCUUCCAUAGAGGAAAUCGAGGGAGAGUAUUGGCGAAUGGUGGAGAAACCAACAGAAGAAAUCGAAGUGCUCUACGGAGCUGACCUGGAGACGGGAUCAUUUGGCAGUGGAUUCCCGAAAAAUUCACAUCAGGUUGCUUCUGCAGACGAUGCCAAGUAUGUUCAAUCAGGGUGGAACUUGAACAACUUCCCUAGACUUCCGGGCUCCGUUCUUUCAUUUGAAAGCAGUGAUAUAUCAGGUGUUCUUGUUCCUUGGCUUUAUGUUGGAAUGUGCUUUUCUUCAUUUUGUUGGCAUGUUGAGGAUCAUCACCUGUACUCCUUGAAUUUCAUGCAUUGGGGAGCUCCAAAAAUGUGGUACGGAAUUCCAGGAUCAGAUGCCUUAAAGCUUGAGGCGGCGAUGAGAAAACACCUUCCGGACCUCUUCGAAGAACAACCUGACUUGCUUCAUAAGCUGGUCACACAGAUUUCGCCAUCGAUUUUACAGUACGAGGGAGUACCUGUUUAUCGCUGCGUUCAAAAUCCCGGGGAGUUUGUCCUGACAUUCCCUCGAGCAUACCAUGCUGGAUUCAAUUGCGGCUUUAACUGCGCUGAGGCCGUCAAUGUUGCUCCCGUCGACUGGUUACCACACGGACAAAAUGCCAUCGAACUUUAUCGUGAGCAAGGCAGACAAACGUCGAUUUCCCAUGACAAACUCCUGCUCGGCGCUGCUAGAGAAGCCGUAAAAGCCAAUUGGGAAUAUAAUCUCUUGAGAAAGUACACCACAAAUAAUUUGAGAUGGAAGGAAGUCUGCGGAAAAGACGGGAUUCUAUCAAAGGCGCUCAAGAAUCGUGUCGAGCUGGAGCGAAUGCGACGGGAAAUGCUCUGCAAAUCGUCGCAGGCGCUGAAAAUGGAGAGCUCUUUCGACGCCAACAGCGAGCGGGAAUGCAGCGUGUGUCUUUUCGAUCUGCAUCUAUCGGCUGCCGGCUGUCAUCACUGUUCGCCGGAUAAGUACGCGUGCUUGAACCACGCAAGGCAGCUGUGUUCUUGCUCGUGGGGCGCCAAAUUUUUUCUUUUCCGCUACGAUAUCGGCGAGCUGAACAUAUUAGUCGAAGCUUUGGAGGGGAAGCUGAGCGCCGUGUACCGAUGGGCUAGGCUUGAUCUCGGGCUCGCUCUGAGUUCGUAUGUUUCGAAAGAGAAACAAGCUCCUGGGCCCGUCGUUAAGCCCGUGGGCUCGAAAGAAAUCGCUUUAGUGCCGGGAAAAGAUCGAGCAGAUGGAAAUUCGGGAAAGUAUAGUCAUUCUCAAAAUCAAAAGGCACCUGUGGUGGUGUUGGCUCUUGAAAAUGUGAAGAUGACGUCGAAUACGAGCUCGUGUUCGAUCAAAGUUGAUUCGUCAAAGGAUCGAACGCUGUCGUAUACGGAGUCUCCGGAGAAUUCAGCCUUGGUAAAAUUCGAGAGCAAAGAUGUCAUCCUACUGAGCGACGAUGAAGCUAAUGCGAGCAGCAAUUUAGUUUCUACGAAGAUUGUCGUCGACCCUUCCUCGGAGCUCGAAAGGCCCCCGAAUUCUGUGCGCGUAAAAGUUGAAGAUCUUUCCGAGUCCGGUGGUCCUUUCGGUAAAUUGGUUCCCGGCUGUGUCGACGUAAAUCUUGACGAGGUUAAGCUAAAAAUCGAAGACGGUAGUCGAGAGUUGGAUCUUGAAUCGAGAUCGAUGGACAACGUUCCAGCUGCUCCGACGUCGUCUAGCCAUCUGAAUAAUUUAGACAGGUACUACCGACAGAAGGGCCCUCGGAUCGCGAAAGUCGUCCGAAGAAUCAACUGCAACAUCGAAACGUUGGACUUCGGAGUUGUACACGGCGGCAAGUUAUGGUCCGACAGUCGAGCUAUAUACCCGAAGGGAUUCAGAAGCAGAGUUCGAUACAUCGAUGUCCUCGACCCAACAAACAUGUGCUAUUACGUUUCCGAGAUUCUUGAUGCUGGACGCGACGGCCCUUUAUUUAUGGUUUCCGUCGAGCACUGUCCUAGCGAAGUAUUUAUCCACACGUCGGCUACCCGAUGUUGGGAAAUGGUUCGGGAGAGAGUGAACAACGAAAUCGCAAAGCAACACAAAUUAGGGAAGGGGAAGCUCCCGCCGUUGCAGCCUCCCGGGAGUUUGGACGGCUUGGAAAUGUUCGGAUUUUCUUCGCCAGCAAUCGUUCAGGUGAUUCAGGCGAUGGAUCCGAAUCGAAUCUGCACAGAAUACUGGAAGCCGCGGCCGCUAAUGAAAAUUCCCGAACAGCCUAAAGCUGCGCAUGUAAAUUUGAAAUGCGAUGCGGCAAGCGAUCAAGAAGUCGGGAAAAGUGACGCGAGGAUCGGAGGGAUGCUCGACAGCCUGUUUAAGAAGGCGAGUCGAGAGGAACUUGGUACACUGUACAGCCUUAUAUACAGCGGCAAGAACUCGACUCGAGAUGAAAGCUUAUUGACGCGGCUUCUUAAAGAAAAGAUUAACGAGCGCCCGGGAUAGAUAAGAUCGCAAGAUCGACUAGUUCUUUCGUUCUUUUUUUGUAAACUUUUGUAUUGAAUUUGUAUAUGCAGAGCUUCAUUGUUAGGACUCCUGCAAUUCUUGCUAUUCCGAUGGUCCGAAAAUCCGAUCUGAACCAACUGCGGCGCGGAGAAAUUCGUUUUUUUUGAUAUAAUGUUGUAGCAGGAUUGAGGAUUCAUCUAAUGUAUUUUUGAGUAUUUUGCUAUUGACAUUCUUAUUGAAUACUGAUUAAAAUAA